GUCGAGGACAGACGGAGCGGAGCUGCUUCUUCUGCAGGGGGAAAUAUACAGCAGAAAAACAGGAGAAAUACAGGUGAUAUUUAGGAGAUACGCGGGAACCGGACCUGUGAUUAAAGCGGGGUUCAGUUUGUUUAGAACUGCGGUCGCUGGCGGUAUAUUUACUGGAUAUGGUUCAGCCGCUGUUCGCGCUGUGAAUCAUACUCUCACCGAUGUCAGCAGACCGCCGGCCGGGCCUGCCUGUGUUCACUGUUCUCUCACUGCACUCACCGAGCCUCCACCAUGCUGCAGGGCAGGAAAACCCUCAUCAACAUCUUCAUCCUGGGCAUCGGCUUUAUGCUGAUGUUCACAGCCUUUCAGACCUGCGGCAACAUAGAACAAACUGUAAUAAAGAGUUUUAACAGCUCAGAGUUCCAUGGCAGUGGAUACAACAGCAUGGCUAUUAUCUAUGGAGUCUUCUCAGCUUCAAACCUCAUUGCUCCUUCAGUGGUGGCGGUCAUUGGACCUCAGUUGUCGCUGUUCUUCAGUGGACUGGUUUACAGUGGAUACAUUGCCAUGUUUAUCCACCCUUUUACCUGGAGUUUCUACACUGUCUCUGUCUUGGUUGGGAUUGCAGCUGCAGUAUUGUGGACUGCACAGGGGAACCUCCUCACCAUCAACUCCACAGACUCCACCAUUGGUCGAAACAGUGGUAUAUUCUGGGCUCUGCUGCAGUUUAGCUUAUUCUUUGGGAAUCUUUACAUAUAUGUGCAGUGGCACGACAAAGCUCACAUAUCAGACAAGGACCGUCAGACGGUGUUCAUCUCUCUGACUGUCAUAAGUCUAGUCGGGAACUUCCUCUUCUUCCUCAUUCAGAGAAUCGAGCCAGAAGCUCCGCCCUCCGAGGCGUCCGAGUCACUGCUGCCUGGCGACAACAGUGAGAGCAGUUCAGUGGUGGUAUCACAGAGUCUUUCUACUCAGGCUUUAAACGCAUUCAAGAAGGCCAUACAGCUCGCCAUGACCAAAGAAAUGCUUCUUCUGAGUGUAUCCAUUGCAUACACAGGACUGGAGCUGACCUUUUACAGUGGUGUGUAUGGAACCUGUAUAGGAGCCAUGAAUCAGUUUGGCGAGCAUGCCAAGGGUCUCAUUGGCCUAUCUGGAAUCUUCAUCGGAAUUGGGGAAAUACUUGGUGGGUCCUUGUUUGGUAUUCUGAAUCAGUGGAACCGCUGGGGAAGGAACCCUGUAGUUUUCUUGGGACUGGCUACGCAUUUUCUGGCCUUCUACCUGAUCUUCCUUAACAUAGCCAGCGAUGCUCCCCUGGCUCCUGAGGAAGGCACGGACCUGCGGAGCUUCAUUCCUCCCAAUGUGAAUGUGGCGCUGCUGUGCAGUUUCUUGCUUGGCCUGGGAGACAGCUGUUUCAACACUCAGCUGCUCAGCAUCAUUGGCUUUAUGUAUCGUGACGAUAGUGCCCCUGCCUUUGCAGUCUUCAAGUUUGUACAGUCCAUCACAGCAGCAGUGGCCUUCUUCUAUAGCAACUAUCUCCUUCUGCACUGGCAGCUGCUCAUCAUGGUGCUGGUGGGCUUCGUCGGCACACUGUCCUUCUUCGUGGCCGAAUGGCUGGUGGUCAGCCACCAACGGAACUCGGAUUAUGACAGCAUCUGAUGUUCGAGUGCUCUCCUCCUCCUCCUCCUUACUCUUCAGCUGAUGUUUGGAGCCUGAGCUGGGAGAGUUUUAUUGAAUGAGCUGCAAUUUGCUGGUUUGUUUUUGCUGAUGACAUUUUCGGAACUGUGGGGAACACUUACUACUUUUCCUUUUUCCUUUUUGAUAUUCAGCUGAAUAUUUUUUUAUAUAUGAAGCCAUUACAAAGUCACUGUUUGUUCUUGUUGUUGUUUUUAUUUCUAAAAGUUUUUUUUUUAUUUCUACAGAAGGUCCACCCAGUCCCAAACUUCAGCUUCUAGAAUACAUUACCUGAUUCACAAGCUAUAAAGGGCUUGAUUCCCUACACUAUCAUUUAAUUCAGCAAGAUGGCCUAAAACUGGAUGAUCUUUGAGGACAAAGAAAUCUAAAGCAUUUUAGCAUUUGCUAAUGCUUAUGAAGGGAUAACAUAUAAAAAUAUCACAAAUAUCAAGUGCUUUGCCAUCUGCAUACAAAAAAACUGUUGCAAUUUGCUUCAAAAUAUAAAUAUGCUGUAAACACUGCAUGAUACUAUGCACUGUAAUUCAUUAAAAUAAGUAAUGUGAAGACCUUUACACGUACCAGCCACAGAACGGUUAUAAUGAUAUUCAUACAACAUAAAUAACUGAGGAGGUAUUCAAAGAUGAGUUGUUAGAUUUAUUUGGAGACACCCAGAAUAGUGCAUUCCUUUAAAAGAAAUAUUAUUGCCAAAGAUGUUAGCAUUAAAUGGGAAUUACACCCUGGGAUGUAGUCGGUCAGAGUGGUUUGCUGUUAAAUAGUUGCAGACAAACAUACCAACUCUGAUCUAGGGUUUGCAUUGUUUACAACAUGGCUUUACUUUUACUGUUUAAAACAAACAGUACAUGAUUUGGUUUUUAUUUUUAGUUGUGUCCUGAUAAUAUUUAGUGUAUUUUUUUAUUUGGGAACUUUUAUUCUGCCUGCACUUUUCCACCUUAAACGUAUUUUUGAAAGUUAUAUUUAAGCCAAUACAAUCUUUCUGGAAUCUAAUUGAAUAUUCAGAGCGAUUUGGUCAGUUUGUGGGCUUUUUGUUGUUGUUUUGUGUGAAGCAGCUUUUAGAAUCAGUACACUCUUCUAAAUGGAUGGAUGGAUGAAUGUGUCACCAUCUCUGUGAAACUCUUUGAAGGCCUUUAAAGAUGAUUUCCCUUUGUUUUUUUGUUUGUUUGGUUCUGUUUUUUGAGAACUAGUCAGAUUUUUAUCUUCAGAGCUCCAUCAUUUGUAGAAGACUUGAAAGUAGUGCAUGCACUGCACGUUAAUCUGACUAUGCAGAAAAGAGUUUUAAAUUUUCAGUUAACAAGUGCACAUUCAAGACAGUCAACAGCAUCUGAAUCACUUUCCUAUUUUCCAUGAAUUUAGAAAAUCUUGAUUUCGACUAGAUUUGCAUGAGUUGGUGGGAUGUUGUGUGUAUAUAACUGCAGGUUUAUGCUGUUCAGACUGGACUAUGUAUGAUUAGCACUGCUUCAAUUCAGGGGAAUCUGAAGGAUGUUGAGGGACAUUUAAAUAAAUGUAAACUCAUAUGUGGGAUUGUUUACUUGAAUCAUUUACUUAAACUCUCAAUGGGAUUAGGCAAUAUGCUUUUUAUAUAUAAACUUAAUAUAAAUGUACAUUUGAUCAAACAUUCUUUGACACCUUAUUUGGACUGUUAUUUUGCACUUUUUUUAUUUUUGCUAGUGCUUUUACAGGUUUGACCCACCUAUUUUAGCACUGGUGGAUUCAAGGUGGUGUUGUGCUGUUAUAAAAUGCCUUCUAUGCACUGUGUAAUAGAGACAAUAGGGUGGCAAUGCUGACUAGGGUUCUCCAACAGGUGAAAAAAACAUGAAGUACCCAGAUAGGUGCUCCUGUAAUAAAAGAAGUGCCCUCCAGUGGAUUAAAUGUGCCCUAUAGGUAACCCAUUCCCAUUGUUAAACUUGCUUGUAUUCCAACCAUUCCCGCACACCCUCUUGCCCGACUCCAACAUUGUGUUUCAGUUUCUCAGCCACAGUUUUCUCAGUUAAUUAUUUUCACUCAUUCUUUGUAAAAUGUUUUUCACCGGUACUGAUGUGGACAUUCUAUUACAGAAGGAGUUUGAUCAAACUGUGAGCAUUUGUAAUAAAAAUAUAUGAAGAUGCUGA